AGCAGUAGUAGAGCGCAAGGAGAGCAGCGAAAAGGUGAGAGAGAGAGAUAUAUAGACGCGGAGCGCAUAUGUGUGCACCACGACAUAUAUCUAUAUGUGUUCGUCGCGUAUAUAUACAAUACACAACGCAUCACAGCAGUAGCAGCAGCAGCAGCAGCACAUAGUCGCGAGGCAAAUGUGCAGCCUGCCGCGAAGCGCCUGCCAGUCACUAGGUCACGGAUACGAUACGUAUACAUACACAAAUCGAGCGCGAGCAUACUAUUAAUAAUAAAUGUAAUAAGCGUUCGCGUGUAAGGGCGAGACAGCGACGACGACGACUCGCGACGACGAGGACGCGCUACGGUGUGCUGAUAUAGUGGAAUAAUAAUAUUGUAUAUACGCGAGAAGAAAAAAGUGCUGAGUACACGACGACGGGGCUCUAUACCAGAACACCAACACAAACGACGACGACGGCGACGACGACGACUUUAGCACAAACAACAACACCAGUAGCAACGCCAACGACUAGGACGACGACGUCGACGAGGACCUGGUCAAUCACGACGACGACCGAGAAAAUAAGGUUGAGGUGGCGCAGGAGGAACUGCUGCUGCCCUCGAGGAGGCAGCAGCGGUGGCGGCGCUUGUUGCUGCUCUCCAGGAUGGCGGCGGCCGAGACAGACAAGGCCGUCGAGGGUGCAGCCGCGACCGCUGCUGCGGGUAGCCAGCAGCAGCAUCAUCAGCAUCAGCCUCAGCAACAGCCACAGCAGCAGCAGCAGCAACAGCAACAGCAACAGCCCCAGCCCCAGCAACAGCAGCAGCAGGAGUUGCGCAGGGCCCUCGAGGUCAUACAGUCGAUGAUCGACAUAUCGGCCGAUCGGCUGGAGGGCCUCAGGACCCAGUGCUCGACCAGCGUCGAGCUCACCCAGCAGGAGAUUCGCACGCUCGAGGGAAAGCUUAUCAAACUGUUUGCUAGACUUAUUAUCACCAAAGAAAAGCUUGCAUAUGAAUCAUCGCCGGUCGAUAUUAGACAAACUCUGCAACAAUGGCUUCGAGUUGUGAGUCUCACAUCCGAAUCAGUGGAGACAAUCCUCUCAAAGGUCACUUCCUUGAAUUCAUUAAAAGACAAAUCAGAUCUUGAGCUUAACAGUAUGUUAGGUAUUCGAAAUAUACAGACAGAAGAAGAUCUGAGAAGAUUAUGCACAGCCCUUCUCAACCUUCGACGUUAUAUAGAUGUAUUAUAUAAAGGUGAAAUAGAUAAUAGUGACAUGAAUUUGUACUGGGAUUCAUGGACUCAACAGCAAAUCAAAAGUAACCCAUCUCCUAGACCCAUUCGAUGCCGUGUUACUCGCAGCUCUGUUCCCUCUGAAGAUAGCAUUCCAUACCAUAAUAAUAAUAAUAAUUUUAACAGUGAUGCAUUGGCACAAUCAUCAUCUGUUGCAAGUUUAUCUACUUCUACCAGUCCACCUUCCACACCUCUGAACAUAAAAAAUCAGGGAUCAAAAUACCCUGAGACUCCUACACUAACAAAGAGAAAUCCAUCUGAUGCUGAUGACACUUUACAGCUUGAAAAUCUUUCACUCACCAAGUCUAAAUCUCAUGAGUCCCAAUUAGUUAAUUGUAUGGAAAAUGGAGAAGCUAAUGCAAGUUGUACUAAUGAACAACAAACAGCCACUAUGAUUAGAAGAAAUCGUUUACCUACUGAACCUGGUUCUUACAGUGGGGCAGAAGCGAUCAGUGAUAACUUGUUACCAAACAGUAACAGUCCUAUUAAAUCUCCACUGUAUUCCAGUGCUGAAAGUGAAGAAAAUAGUUUUAAGGGAACAGUUUCGAGUCUUCAAGUGCCAAAGUCUCCUAGAACGCCAACAGUGACUCGUGGAAUGGGACAUGUUAUUAAUCAUCGUUUUACAAAAACAUUUAAAAUGAUGACUACUUGUGAUUACUGUGAUAAACAAAUGUUUAUAGGCACGGGUCUUAAGUGCAAAGAGUGUAAAUAUAAGUGUCAUAGAGACUGUGAAUCCAAGGUGCCCCCUUCAUGUGGUUUACCUCAAGAACUUUUUGAUGAAUUCAAACGGACUAUACAAGCUGAUGCUGUUAAUGCCUCGCCAAUUUUAAACAAACCAACCUUGAUGUCGCCAAAUCAUCAAAAUCCAAAUAUCUUAGUUUCUUUAAGAAGAGACCGUAAAAAGAGGUCUCAUCCUCUUCAAGCGGUAAACACAGCAGCAUUUCAGCAGAAACGUCGUAAUCCAUCAUCAAGUUUACAAAUAAAUUUUUGGCAUAAUAAAUAUACGUGCCGUUACCACCAGGGUGCCGAUUCUAGUUCAAACACAUCGAGCUGUAACAGCUCAACACCUUCUAGUCCAGCCUUGUUACCUGUUCCGGCGAGCCAAACUCCCCAAGCACCGUCUAAACAACAGUUCCACUUUCCAGAUGUUUCGUCGAACGAGAAUAAAGGCGUAACUCUAGAAACACAUAGACUGGAAAAUACGAUAUCUAGCGAUAGCGAUAGGACAGUGAGCGUAUCCGGAUCUGGUAGCGUUAGUACAGAUUCGGAGCGCACACCCGUCAGGGUCGACUCGCAAGAUUCGCAAGUGUCGGACGGUGAACCAGGCGAUGGACGCUGGCCGAGACAAAAUAGCCUAUCGAUUCGCGAAUGGGACAUUCCGUUCGACGAAUUGAAAAUCGGUGAACCUAUUGGUAAGGGUAGGUUCGGUACUGUUUUCCGAGGCAAUUGGCACGGUGACGUAGCUAUUAAGGUUUUAGAUAUGGAUUAUUAUCUCGACGACGAUAAAACACUCGAAGCAUUUAAAUUAGAGGUCGCGACAUUCCGUAAAACUAGACACGAAAAUUUAGUUCUAUUUAUGGGUGCUUGUAUGAAACCUCCGCGUUUGGCUAUAGUGACUAGCAUGAGCAAAGGCAUGACUCUUUACACUCACAUUCAUUUGCGUAAGGAUAAAUUUAAUAUGAAUAAGACUACAAUCAUUGCUCAACAAAUCUCACAGGGAAUGGGGUAUCUUCACGCUCGAGGAAUCGUCCACAAAGAUCUCAAGAGUAAAAAUAUAUUCCUUGAAAAUGGAAAAGUUGUGAUAACCGAUUUUGGUUUGUUCAGUGUCACUAAGCUCUGUUAUAGGAACAGAAAAGGAAAUGGACUGAACAUACCACCUGGCUGGCUAUGUUACUUGGCGCCUGAAAUUAUUAGGCGAUUGAGACCUCGACAAAACAGAGAUCAAGAAGAACUGCCUUUCACAGCAGCAUCCGAUGUUUAUGCUUUUGGUACUGUCUGGUAUGAAUUACUAUGCAGUGAAUGGCCGUUUAAAGGACAACCACCCGAAGCCAUUAUUUGGCAAGUGGGCAAAGGAAUGAAACAAACUUUGGCCAAUUUACAAGCAUCACGCGAUGUUAAGGAUAUUUUAAUGCAUUGUUGGUCGUUUCAUCCCGACAGUCGACCAGAAUUCGCCAAGCUUUUGACGACUCUUGAAAAGCUGCCUCGCAAAAGGCUAGCUCGUAGUCCUUCUCAUCCCAUCCAUCUUUCUCGUUCUGCAGAAUCAGUGUUUUAAAUACACUCCAAGUAUAUUUAAGUACGACGCUGUUCUUUUAGUGUAAAUAUGUAGCAAGUGAGUUAAUUAUUGCCUGAUUUUCGUUCAUAAGAAAUAAAAUAAAAAAUUAUAUUAAAAUAUU